AUGCACAGAAGCGUCGCACGUCGCACGUUGCACGGCGAUGGGCCUCCGCGUCGCCCGAAAGCGUCGUCAACAGCCUUCACAAUAGCGUCGCUCAGCCUCUACCUCUGCGUAUUUGCCGCCGUGCAACUCGCGCGCGCGGCGGCGGGCGAGGCAGGCGCGAUGGAGCACGGCAUGUCGCUGUUCCGCGCGUGGACCGCCGCCUACGGCCUCGCGGACGACCCGCUCUCCGCGCUCCCCCCUUCCCCACUCACGCUCCCCGCGAACGUUCCGCCCGCCCCGCACCUGGAGGACUGCGCGCAGGUGUCGUUCUACCGCUUCAUCGCGGAACAACGGGGCGGAGGGGGCGGCGGAGGGGAGGGGGAGGGGGAUUUGCCAAAGUGGGCCGUGCAGCCUUCCUGCUGCCGCUGCUCGCCACAGACACCCUGGGUGCGGGGCUCAGAUGCUGACAGCCUGGCGCACACGAGGGAGGCGCAGAGGGACAUCUGGACCAAUCAGAUGCCGCCACGUGGCUGUCAAGACAGGCGCCUGCUGAUUGCACCUUGGGCCGACGCCUCUCGCUUCUCUCUCGCACGUCAGCUGCACGGAAUGGCACCACUGCUCGCCCUCGCCAUGCUCCACAACCGAACCCUCGUGCCGCUUCCAGGAACCUUCCAGCCAGCCAACAACCAGGUGUGCGAAGGUGAGUGCAUGGCGGUUGGGCAGCCUUCACAGCGCAGCGCAGGCAGCACGUGUUGCCGUUCAUGCCAUGCUGCUCACAUGCACUCUCUCUACCUCCAUCUGCUGCUUGUGCAACGUUGCCCGUCUGUUGUUUGUCGCUGCCUCGCCUGCCUGCUCACCCUGCCGUGCCCCUCCCACUCUCUCCCCCAUACCCCCUGCUCCUCCUCACCCCCCUCUACCCCCUCCGCCUCCCCACCCGCGUGUGUCGCCGCCUCUGCCGUCAGCUGGGGAGGCGCGCAUGUGGAGCAGCAGGCGCGCAGGGAGUAUCUGGGGGAGGUGCCACCUGCGGAUGACUUGAAACCACAGGUGCACUGGUGGCGGGCGCAGGCGGUGCGCUUCAUGCUGAGGUGGCCAUCAGCCCAUCUCUGCCACGUCAUCAACCAACAGAGACACAUUGCCUACGGCAUGCACGUAGCCAAUCGCAUUGCUUCCCUCCCAGCCACCUACGACUCCAUCCUCCAAUCAAUUGCUGCCACCUCAGCAGGCCCAGCUGCCGUCCAAAAUCUCUCUUUGUCAGCCGAAGCAUCAGAUCUGGCAACGCUAGAUUUGAUUCCGGGAUCCAAUACUCUUGUAGGGUCGAAUCCUGAGGCACAGCCAAGGGCGAGCAGCAUGGGGGUGGGACUGGAGGCACGCGUGUGGGGAGCGAGGGGGUUCGACAGGUGCAGUGAGCGGUGCGGAGGGGUGGGGAUGGGCGAGUAUGGUCGAGUAGGGGGGGAGCCGCUGUUUGUGGUGCGACCCAUGGUGGGCGUGCUGGCAUGCUCAGGUGAGGGGCGGAGGGGCGUACCAACACAUGGCAGUGUUAACGCUGGGUGUGGUGUGGGCAUUGUCAUAUGCGGCGGAGUGGUGGGAGUGGUGAGGGUGGUGGGAGUGGUGAGGGUGGUGGGAGUGGUGAGGGUGGUGGGAGUGGUGAGGGUGGUGGGAGUGGUGAGGGUGGUGGGAGUGGUGAGGGUGGUGGGAGUGGUGAGGGUGGUGGGAGUGGUGGGAGUGGUGGUGGGAGUGGUGAGUGGUGGUGGUGAGGGUGGUGGGAGUGGUGAGGGUGGUGGGAGUGGUGAGGGUGGUGGUGGGUGUGGGGUGGGUACAAGGGAGUGGUGGAGGGGGGCAGGGGGGGGGGGGGAGGAGGGGGAGCGGAUGGCACGGCUGGUGGUGGCGGCGCAGUGUGACGCAUUCGUGGGUGUGAUGGGUGAUGAGUGGACUGAGGUGCUGGAUGAGAUGAGGUCGUCUGGGGGUAGAAGACACUCGCGCUUCGUGCUCAUUAAUGUUCCACCCUAG